AUGAACCAACCCAUCGUGACGACGGGAGAAGAGUGCGAGAGCACACCCCCUUUGCCGUUGUGGCGUUUGUUCAGAGAGGCGUUGCUGAGUGGCGGCGCGUGUCGCGAUAUCGUGGAGAAGCAUGUGAUGUGUAAACUGAAUCGAACCGAUCUUAAAUUCUUUUACGAGGUGAAUACGGAGACGAGAAAGUUGAUUAAGAGAUCAUCUCGCAAGGGGGAGUUGAAAAAAGGGUUUAAAGUGAGAGAGAUGUCGUCGAUAUCGACGUUGGAGAUUGCGUGGGAGCAUAAAUCGUCGUGGCGGGAUUACUUAAAAGACGAAACAGAUUUCUGCUGGCAAGUUGCUGGAACGAAUAAACUCGAGUUGCUCAAGUGGGCGCGAGAGGAGAAAAAGUGUGAGUGGAAUGUAGGGACGAUUAAUAUGGCCGCAGACCAAGGCAAUCUGGAAAUGGUAAAGUAUUGCGUUGCAAAUAAGUGUCCUGUCAAAGAGUUUGCGUGUGCAAAAGCUGCCAAAAACGGUCAUCUCGAGGUAUUCAAAUACUUACGCGAAGAAGGCAAAGCGCCUUGGGAUUCGAGAACUGCCGCUUGGGCUGCUGAAAAUGGUCAUCUCCACAUACUCGAAUAUCUUGUCGAGCGUAAGUUUGAUAAAUAUAGCGAACUUGCGUGUAUGCGUGCGGCCAAGUACGGCCACUUGGACUGUUUGAAGUACUUACACGAAACCGCCAAAGCGCCUUGGGACGAGGACGCCGUAUACCACGCACACAAGAACAACCACCCCGAAUGUGUACAAUACCUCCUCGACAACGACUGUCCUCUCCCGUCCAAUUGGCGAUACGAACACGGAGAGUUACACGUUCCAGAAUAA